AUGAUAUGCUGCCUGGGGAAACUCACCUUUCUGGUUCAAGGUGUGGGCAGGUACACUGUAUACGGCAUGGGCCACACCCCCUGGGCCGGGUGAAUCAGUGGAGAAAGAGAGAGAAAGAGAGAGGAGACAGAGCAGAGUAGUAGACCUGUCAAAGCUCAUCAGAGGAGAAGACACACCUGAAUUGACACAGAGACAGAGUCAGCAGACCUUAGAUCACCCGUCUACAAUGUCCUACAACAACCCGUACUCGUCUAAAACAAGCAGCCCCAAGCCGGUGUCAGCUGCCAAGCGAUCCUUUCUGAAAGACAGCAGCUGGAUUAAGAAUGAUGGAGAUGACGGUGACGAUUCAGUGUUUCAGCCAAACCAGCUGACGCGCAAGAGUGGUUCAGUCAGCAACCUCACCAAGAGAUUUGGUGGGAGCCAAGAUCUUGACCAAAGCAGCAAACAAACCUCUACAAAGACAGUGACCACCUCACACCCUGGUGGCAAGACAACAACAACAACGACAACAACAGAGACCAAAACAGUCACACCUACCAAACCUGCACUUGCGACUAAACCACCCUCGAGUCCAGCAGGAAAAAGUAACUUCACAGAUCGAGUUUUCGCUAACAAACCAAGUGAUCCAAAAUACUCAUCUCCUCAAAGUCCAACUACCACUGUGUCAAGGAAGACCACUUACACCGAGACAACCAAUGGAAGUGAUCCAAAAUACUCAUCUCCUCAAAGUCCAACUACCACUGUGUCAAGGAAGACCACUUACACCGAGACAACCAAUGGGGUCAACUCCAAGACCAUAAGCCCCGCCUCCCCUGUCAGUACCAAGAGCAGGGUGGAGAGCACUCCCAAAUCUCCGACUCCAGUUCCAAGUACACGGAGCAGUUUCAAAAGCAGAUCCAGUGGACUGGAGUCCCCGUCCCCCACACACUCAGGGUCCAAGUCUCCCAGCUACAAACCAAGCACUUUGGACAAUCUUGCAGACACACUGAUCGAUAUCCCCACCAAACCUGCAGACUCUACUACUGCAAAAACCAGAACAAGCAUCACAAGGAGGGAGAGUGAAGUGGACUCCAUCCCUGCAAGACAUCUGGACAGCCUGGCCGACACACUCGACCCCUUCUCAUCCUCCACACCUCCUCCAGAGAAGACUCGGAACAGUUCAUAUGACAGCUACUCAUCCCCAACGAAGUCUGUGCCGGAUACAUCCUAUUCAAGGAGCACCAAGUACAGCGCUGGAGAGACUAUCAUCUCCCCUAAAACAUCUCCGAGCGUGCAAACCCUGUCUAAAAGAUCGGUGUCGGACAGAAACAUGUGCUCCUUCUGCCACCAGCCAAUCACAGAGUCCAUCAGGAUGGUGCUGGACGAGCUGAAGAUCUGCAGCCAUGCCGACUGCUUUAAGUGUGUUGGAUGUCACUGUAAGCUGAGCAACCUGGAGGCUGGAGACAGUCUUUGGGUUUACAGGGAUGCAGUGAACUGUGACAACUGCUACCUGAAGAUAAAAGAUCGCUGGUAUCAUUGAGAAUGGACAUACAUGGACAUGAAGGCAGCCAGCGUUGUGGAUAAAUACUAUUGAUCAACUGUACAUUCAUUAACAGUCUUAUCAUAGACUUCAUUAUUCUCUUCUACUUAAAACUGCAUUCAGUUGGCUCUACAUGCACUAUCAUGUUUGAGUAGUUUAUUUCUAUGUCUCUGUUAGAAAAAAGAUGGAAACAAAUUAAUUAAAAACAGGUAACGUUAAUCUUCCUUGCACAAAUAACUAAUCAAAAUGCUACUAACUUGCCUGAUAAUUAUGAUUAUGUUCAAUAAAGAUCUUGUUACUAAAAGAG